AAUCUCCUUGCACACAAGCUCACUAUAGCAGCUACAAGCUACUCAGGAGCUGACCAACACCCUUCCAAGAGCCUCCUUCCAUCACUUUGCCGCCGAGCUCGACCACUGCGAGGUUACAUCACAAGAUGGACCGUGUGAUGAAGCUAGCAUCUGAGCGUGCCGUGGUGGUGUUCACCCUGAGUCCCUGCUGCAUGUGCCACACAGUGGAGCGUCUGUUUCGUGACCAGCUUGGGGUCAAUGCGCUGGUGCACGAGCUCGACCAGGACCCUAGGGGCAAGGAGAUGGAGAGAGCCCUCCUCAAGAUGCUCGGCAGGGGGCCGUCGGUGCCGAUCGUCUUCAUCGGCGGGAAGCUUGUUGGUGGCACCAACAGGAUCAUGUCUCUACACCUCGGUGGCGAGCUAGUCCCCAUGCUCAAGAGUGCCGGUGCUCUCUGGCUAUAGAGAGCUAGUUCAAGAGACGACCUAACUCUUGUACAACUCGGAGAGAUAAGAUGGUCGACGAGUAACGUGUGAGUUACACAUUUUCCUAGAAUAAUCUAAGUGACCUAGUGUGUAUCAAGGAAGGUUUUUUCACUCCUACCUUGACAAUCACAAGGUUUAAUCUCGCUGGUAGUUAAGUAGCGAGUGAUGUGCGUGGUUGCUGUAAUAAUAUUCUUCUUAAGUUUUUGUCAUAUCUAGAUGUGUGCCUAUUCACUCGCCCUUUUUUCAUGACCUUGUUAAAUUAAUAUAUGUGCAUGUUACAUGUAAA